AUGGCUGAUAGUCCCUCUCAGUCCGAGCCGCUGGCUUCGCCGGAACUCAAUGACGACUUCAAGAAGCCAGCCCUGCCGGUGCCCUCGGCGGCGCAGAGUAAGGCCCCGGCCAACAGUCCUCCAAACCCGGAGGAGGUGAAGGAAAGGCCCACGGCGCUGCCGGACUCUGAUUCCGGGGAGCCUGAUGUCCCGCUGGCCCUGCCGGACAGCGGGGAGACUAGGGUUCCAGCGGAGGAGCAGCCUCGGCCCCACACGGCGGCUCCUUCCCCUGGCGGCCCGGCCCGGGCGCCCCCUUACCGAGAGCCGCCGUGGGGCGGCCCCACCACGGCCCCCUACAGCCUCGAGACACUAAAAGGAGGCACCAUCCUGGGCACCCGGAACUUGAAAGGACUCAGUUGCUGCCUUUUCGGGAGGCUGCCUAGCUGUGACGUGUGCCUGGAGCAUCCUUCGGUGUCUCGCUACCACGCCGUGCUGCAGCACAGGGUGUCCGGCCUCGAUGCAGAAAGCGACGGCCACGGGCCUGGCUUCUAUCUCUACGAUUUGGGAAGCACCCACGGCACUUUCCUUAACAAAACCCGCAUCCCACCCCGCACCUAUUGUCGGGUCCACGUCGGACAUGUUCUUCGGUUUGGAGGCAGCACCCGGCUCUUUCUUCUUCAGGGACCAGAGGAGGAUCGAGAGGCAGAAUCCGAGUUGACAGUAACGCAACUGAAGGAAUUGCGCAAGCAGCAACAAAUGAUGUUAGAAAAGAAGAUGCUGGGAGAAGACUCAGAUGAAGAAGUGGAAAUGGAUACCGCUGAAAGAAAGAGAAAUACUAAUAGUCAGGACGAUGAAAUGGGCUGCACCUGGGGAAUGGGAGAAGAUGCUGUCGAGGAUGAGGCUGAAGAGAACCCCAUUGUCUUAGAGUUUCAACAGGAAAGAGAGGCUUUUUAUAUAAAGGAUCCAAAAAAGGCUCUCCAAGGUUUUUUUGACCGAGAAGGAGAAGAAUUAGAAUAUGAAUUCGAUGAACAGGGUCAUAGCACUUGGCUCUGCAGGGUGAGAUUACCUGUGGAUGAUUCAACUGGAAAACAGCUAGUGGCAGAGGCCAUUCACUCAGGAAAGAAAAAAGAAGCAAUGAUUCAGUGCUCCCUGGAAGCUUGUCGAAUCCUCGAUACUUUGGGAUUGCUGCGGCAGGAGGCUGUGUCUCGGAAAAGGAAAGCCAAGAACUGGGAAGAUGAAGACUUUUAUGACAGUGAUGAUGACACAUUUCUUGAUCGAACUGGCCUGGUUGAAAAGAAGCGUCUGAAUCGAAUGAAGAAGGCUGGGAAGAUUGACGAGAAGCCAGAGACCUUUGAAUCGCUGGUUGCGAAGUUAAAUGAUGCUGAAAAGGAACUCUCUGAAAUUUCUGAGAGACUGAAAGCCUCCAGCAAAGCUCUGUCAGAGUCACCGUCUCAGGACUCUUUAGAUGCAUUCAUGUCAGAAAUGAAGUCAGGGAGUGCAUUAGAUGGUGUGUCCCGGAAGAAACUUCACCUGAGAACUUUUGAACUGAGAAAAGAACAGCAGAGACUUAAAGGGUUGAUAAAGAUUGUAAAGCCAGCAGAGAUUCCAGAACUAAAAAAAACUGAAAGUCAGGCUACAGAUGGAGAAAACAAAGCUAAAAAGCUCACAUUGCCUCUCUUUGGUGCCAUGAAAGGAGGAAGCAAAUUCAAAUUAAAAACGGGAACAGUAGGGAAGUUACCCCCCAAGCGUCCAGAACUCCCUCCAACUCUAAUGAGAAUGAAGGAUGAGCCUGAAGUAGAGGAGGAGGAAGAAGAGGAGGAAGAGGAGAAAGAAAAGGAGGAGCAUGAAAAGAAAACAGAGGCUGGGAGCAGUAGGCUGCAGCAGGAGACAGAGCCGGAAGAAGCAGCACAGGAGACGAGUCCUCCCAUAGACUUCACAUGUUCUAAAGAAACAAAAAACCAUGGUAAUGUCUUCUCUCUCCUUCCUAUGCUGUGCACAUCAAAGAAUGAGAUUGAGAAAAGCAGAGAUGAAUUUAAGAAAAAGAAAGCUCCUGGUCCAGGCAAAGUUCCACUGAUACUUUCCUCCAAAUAUCCAGAAGAUGACCCAGAUUACUGUGUGUGGGUCCCACCUGAAGGCCAAAGUGGAGAUGGCAGGACCCAUCUUAAUGACAAGUAUGGGUAUUGA